AUGGCCAACACCUGCUGCACAAGGACCUGCGUGAUCGCUGCCUCCACCACGUCUGUCUGCUCCAGUAACUUGAGCUGUGGCAGCCGGAUCUGCUCGCCCAGCACCUGCCUAGGUGCCUCCUGGCAGGCAGACAAUUGCCAGGAGAGUUACUGUGAGCCCCCAUGCUGUGCCCCUAGCUGCUGCCAACCCAGCUGCUGUGUCCCCAGCUGCUGCGCCCCCGCCCCCUGCCUGACCCUCCUCUGCACCCCAGUGAGCUGUGUGUCCAGCCCCUGCUGCCAAUCCUCCUGCUGCACACCCGCAUGCUGCCAGCAGUCUAGCUGCCAGCCAGCUUGCUGCACCUGCUCCCCCUGCCAGCAGCCCUGCUGUGUGACCCUUUGCUGCAAGCCUGUCUGCUGCACACCCAUCUGCUCUGGAUCAUGCUGCCAGCAGUCUAGCUGCCAGUCCUCCUGCUGCCAGCCCUCCUGCUGUGUGCCUGUCUGCUGCAAGCCUGUGUGCUGCACCCCCAUCUGCUCUGGCUCCUCCUCCUCCUGCUGCCAGUCCUCCUGCUGUGCUCCUGUGUGCUGCAAGCCUGUGUGCUGCAAGCCCUGCUCCAGUGUGUCCCUGCUGUGCCGCCCUGCCUGCUCCAGACAGGCCUGCUGUGGCCAGAAGUCCAGCUGCUGA